CCGUCUACCACGCAACACCGUACAGCCCUCGGCUGCCUGCAGGCAAACAAGGCGAGACCGACUAUGACAGACUGAUCAAUCAAAAACCAUUCUAAACUUAACGAAACGCUUUCAAACAACUAAACAGGCUGUUACAAUAGUGAUAGCAAACGUUGCCUCAACAAAACUGAUUGCGUUUACAAAUUCAACAGGCGCCACAACAUUUCGUGAUUAUGACUAGUGUAAAUAAUCUUUAAAGUUUAAAUAUUAAUGGUUGUCUUGUUUUCUCUACUGUUGUUAUAACGCGUUGUCUGUUCGUCUAUAGACUUGUGUGAGAUCUAAGUGUUCACUUGUAUAAAUAAUGUUGUUUCCCUUGUUGUUGAUCUUGAACUGUAUGUUACCUGCGUACGAUCGCGUAGUGACUGUGACAUAAUUCUAUUAUAAUAUGAAUACGAUUAAGUAAAGAUAUAAGAAAUGAUGCUGAGCCCAAAGAUUCAGCGGUCGGUUCGUGUGAACGAUGGUCAGCUGUUAGCCCUGUCUGAUAGGGCGCAGUAUGACCACUCACAGACUGGCUAUCUACACAAACGGAGCUCUGACAACACAAAAUGGCAGCUAAGAUGGUUCAUCCUCUAUCAGAACAUGUUGUUCUACUACGAGUCGGAGAACAACACGCGGCCCACCGGCGUGCUGAUGCUGGAGGGCUCCUACUGCGAGCGACUCAGCAAGGCGCCCAUGGAGAGGAAUGCUUCUUUCUGCUUCGUGAUAUCAUAUCGCCGUGAGAGUCAGCGGCAGUAUGAGCUGCGGGCUGCUUCUGAAGUGGACUGCGUGCACUGGGUCGACGCUAUACGAGAAGCCAGUUUUAACAAACUGCUGCUGCAAAAAGAAGAGUUGGAACAGAAGCAGCUGCACCUGCUGCAGGUGGUGGAGAGUGAGAGGACGUCGAGGUGGCAGUACGCGCAGCAGUGUGACGAGCUCGCCAGCGAGGUCAAGAAAUUGAGGACUGAGUUGUGCACAUACAAGAAGGAGCAUGAACCAGCCACCCGCGCAGCUUCCACCUCCAGCUCAUCACCAAGCCAUUCACCAGAAAUAGACCCAGCCGAGCUUCGAAAGAUUAAGAAAGUUCAGAGCUUCUUCCGCGGUUGGCUAUGCCGUCGCCGUUGGAAGCAGAUCGUGGACGAAUACAUCAAGAGCCCUCAUGCCGAGAGCAUGCGCAAGCGGAACAGCCUCGUCUUCAAGAUGGUGGAGGCUGAAGAGGAAUAUCUUGAGCAGAUGGAGAUAUUGGUAACCUGUUUCCUCCGGCCUUUCAAAAUGGCGGCCAGCUCCAAGAAGCCGCCCUGCACCCACGAGGACGUCAACUCCAUCUUCUUGAACAGCGAGACGGUGCUGUUCCUCCACCAGAUAUUCUUCAAAGGUCUCACCUCGAGAAUGGAGUCCUGGCCUACAUUGGUCUUAGUGCACCUACAUACAGGAGACCUAUUCGACAUGCUCCUCCCGAUGCUGACCAUCUACCAGGAGUAUGUGAGGAACCACCACUACUCCCUCCAAGUCCUCACGGAGUGCAAGCAGAGUCAGCCGUUUGCACAACUCCUGGCGAGGCUGGAGAGCAAGCCUGCCUGCCAGAGCCGGUCGCUGGAGACGUUCUUGACUUAUCCAAUGCAUCAGAUCCCGCGCUACAUAAUAACGCUGCACGAGCUGCUGGCGCACACGCCGCACGACCACGUGGAGCGCCGCAGCCUGCAGCAUGCGCGCGCGCAGCUCGAGGAGCUCUCGCGCCAGAUGCACGACGAGGUGAGCGAGACCGAAAAUUUGCGUAAGAACCUGGCAGUGGAACGCAUGAUCAUCGAAGGCUGUGACAUUCUACUUGAUGUCAAUCAAGUCUUCAUACGCCAAGGAACCUUAUCCCAAGUAGUGGGUAAGGGUCGUCGUGCCACCCUCCAAGCCCGGCAGGCGUUCCUGUUCAGCAACCACCUGCUGCUGACGACGCGAGCGGCCGGCGGCAGGCUGCAUCUCCCACCCGCUGGACGACUGCCGCUACAUGACGCCCUGCUCAUCGAGGACCCGGCUAAUCAUGAUGAUGAUGAUACAACAUCAGUCUGUUCAUCACCUGGUGGUGACAUCUACCAAGGCAAAGACUUCAAGAUCCUCGUCGAAGUCAAAGGAGAACAGAUUUGUGCUCAUUUGGUUGCCGGUAGCGUAGAAGAGAAAGCAGGCUGGACAAGUGAGCUAGCACAGUGCAUGGAGAGUGCAGCCCUCACAGAACUACUCCGCGCUUGUGGAGCCUGUGGAGCUGCAUCAGCCAGUCUACCAGCCUGCCGGUCCGACCGGGCACUGUUCACUGAUGACGUCGAUAUACGGUUCAGCAGGACUCUCAACUCCUGCAAGGUGCCACAGAUCAGGUCUGCUACACCACAACGAUUGCUGCAGCGGUUAACUGAUCUUCGUUUCCUCUCGGUGGAUUUCCUGAACACAUUCCUGCUCACGUACCGCGUCUUCACCGAUGGCGUCACUGUCCUGGAGGCUCUGAAGCAAGUCUUCUACGAGCAGUCGCAGCAGGAGAUGGAACUGGCUCCACCACCAGACGCAACACGGAAGACCAGCGCAGCAAGUUCUGUUUCUGCGCAAUCUAUUUCAGGGUACGGGUCGGAAUACAGCGACCGCGAUUGGCAGUCCAGGUUCUGGCGAGCUUCGAGGAAAAUUUGUCGGAUUUUAGGUGAAGAUGAAGACAAGCUGUCUCCUUACUUAACCGCUCCAUCGCGAAGAACUUCUACGGCUAGUAAGACUGAGGAGGACAACAGUCAUUUGACGAUACCAAAGAUAAUGGCGACGUCGUCAAGUAAUGAGACGUUGAAAGGUAAAGGAACAUCACCAUCUUCACCGGGUGCGAUCAGCUCAGUCACCUUAGUAGGAAGUCCAAAGAAGGCCAGUCCUGUCCAAGAACCGACUCCUAAGAAGAAACCAGCUCCUAAGGACAACGAUGCAGCUGCAGCGCUCAUGAAGGAUGAGAGCAUAGAAAUGGUAGACCAAAGCGAUGAAGACGUGAAAUAUAAAGAGGAAGAACAAGAAAAGAAUAAAAAGAAACCAGAUGAUAAGUUUAAAAUAUCACAAAGAUUCUCAGAGUUUAUCCAACAGCGUGUGCGUACCAUGUCGGAGUCCCCUCGACGUCUGCAGCCGUCGUCGGCAGCUUCCGAAGCUAGGCGCAGGUCUGACAGCGCCAGGGAGACUGCUGAGUCAGCCGCUGCAGAGGAACCGAGGAGGGCAUCCGAUUCUGGUACCAGAUUUGCUGCCAGGAGAUCUGUGAGCGAGCGUCGGUACACCAACUCAUCGAUCAACAGUGAGCGCCGCAGGUACUGGGGUGGUUCCGAGCCGAGAUCCUCAGUCACUUCUCAAGUGUCACAUGCACAGAAUUAUCGACGCGAGACAAGUCAACCGAAAGCGGGCGUCGUCAUCACAUCGUUCAGGCAAUCCCAUCGGAGCUUUGGAAAAGACCUGUUGUGGAGUAGCACGUCUACUGCAGCGGUGGCCUUUGCUGUGGCCACAUCAGCAUCUUCAAACCCAAGAUCUCCGCCACCUAAUUCACCACCAGCUACUAGAAGGGACUCGGUUAUAUCUACUGCUGCGACCAUGAGAGUCCUUAACGUUUUGAGGCACUGGAUUUCUAAGCAUUCCCACGAUUUCUGGUCUGAUGAGCGUCUUCGUGGUCUCACGAUGGACUUCCUGAAAGAGAUCGAAGGUAGUCCUGGAUUAUUGCCAGCUGAACAUAAGGCUGCAGCCCAACUGCUGCGUCUGUUGGAAAGAGCUCCAGAAAGAACAGUGGAUUUGAAGGCCCUAUUUGUUCCACCUCACGUGCCAACAAAAGAGAGUGUCGAGACGCUAUCAGCCCUGGAAAUAGCAGAACAAAUGACGUAUUUGGACUACCAAAUCUUCAGUUCGAUUAACAGCGAGGAGUUCUUGGGACAAGCUUGGACAAAAGCAGAUAAAGCUGAAAGGGCACCUCACAUCUUAAUGAUGACGUCACAUUUCAACCACAUCUCCAACUUGGUCAUCUCUGAAAUUCUAAAGAAGUAUACCUUGGCUGGUCGUGUAGCAGCUAUAGAGAAGUGGGCAGCAGUGGCAGACAUAGCUCGUUGUCUGCAUAACUUUAAUGGAGUACUGCAAGUGUGCGCAGCUCUGUCCAAUACCUCGGUCUAUAGACUUAAGAAGACUUGGGAGAAAGUUUCCAAGACUAGUAAACAAACUAUAGAGCGAAUGCAGACCAUUAUAUCGUCGGAGUGCCGAUUCAGGAUUUUAAGAGAUGCUUUGCACAGGUGUGAUCCUCCUUGCAUUCCCUACUUGGGGAUGUAUCUCUCCGAUCUCUCCUUCAUCGAAGAAGGAACCACAAACUACACGCCUGAUGGACUCCUGAACUUCUCCAAGAUGAGAAUGAUAGCACACGUGAUCCGAGAAAUACGAAACUUCCAGCAAACCCCGUACAAGAUUGACCACAUACCAAAAGUAUGUGACUUCCUACUGGACAACUCGCUGGUGAUCCCCGAGGAGCGGCAGUACACGCUGAGCCUGGAGCUGGAGCCGCGAGUGUCGCGCGGGUCGGGCGCGGGGCUGCCGGCGGGCGCGUCCCCGGGCUCCUAGCGCCGGCGCCGCGCCUCCCUGGCCGCGCUAGCGCCGCUGCGCAACGACCGCUAAGCGGACCGGGAGAGUCGCACGCAAGCUUCUGCUACACCUACAUUACGUACGUUAUAUACUUUCACUCCUAUGUGUCUAGUUUCAAGUGAUUUGCGAGAACAAUGCUUAUUAACUUUCGUAGUUAAGUUCUUAAUGUAAGCUGUGUUGCGAGUGUUAUCUUUAAUUCUCAUAGAAUUAGUGGUACAAUAGUUUCCAGUGUUUGAUUGUAUCAUAGUAAUACCGACGAGGGCUUUUGAUGUCAUCGAAGCGAUACUAUUCAGGUGUCAGGGAUACAUUUUAACUUUACCAACCAAUGAGCAAUAUAAUCCAUUUAAUGGAACGGUUUAACAAAUUAGGCAGCAUAUCAUAAAAUGAAUCAAAGUUUAGAUUUACUAGAUGUACUAGUAUAACUUGUGUAGACUUUAGUUUAUCUUAGUACAUAGUUAUAUUUUUUAGAAAUUGUAACUAAGUUUAGCUUCUUAUAUCGUACAGAAUUGAUUCCUUCAAUAGUUUGUGAACAAUAGUGAUUGAACGAUUAUAGACCCUGCUACUGCUAAACACGCUUCUGCUAGCUUUAAAGCUGUAUCAAAGUACACUAAACCGCAAUGAAACUCAAUUCUAAAAGAACGUACCUUCAUAAAUAAAUAAAGAAAAUAUUUAAAUGAACAUAUUUUAGUACUAAAAUAAGAUAAAUUAACAAAAAAAGAAUUAAGUCUUCUCUAACUUCGUGCAAAACGAUUUGCUAAAAGAUGAAUGAAAAAAUGUUAAAUGCCUGCAAUGGUUCUAUAUUUUUGUAUGAUAUUCAUGAUUUUGUCAAUUAGGUAAGUAUUGAUAUUAUAAGCACAAACAUAUCACGGAGAAUAUCUGACUAAAUUGACUCCAUAUUUGUGAAAUUGCCAGGUGAAGCAAAAAUGGCAAACGCAUUAGACGGACAUGCUUAGUCUCGAUAAACUAAUUUGGAUUAUGAAAGGAAUAAUCUACUUGAAAGAAUACUAAAAAUAAUAAAAUGUUCUGAAAUAUAUUGAGUAAGAAAAUAAUUUCUCAGACAAAGAAGAGACGAAUGUAUCAAACGAAAGGAAUCGUCUAAAUCUGUUAUGAAAGUAAAUUUUAUUAUAUCACAGUUCGGCAUCAAUGUUAGAAAUAAAAAAACUAGUUAAAAUACUUUUACAAUAAAAUAGUAAUGAGAGCUUUUGUAAAUAGUUUCCUAGGUAGCGUAGAGUAAAAUUGAUGUAUUCCUGUGAGUGUACCCAAAGAUUUGAUGACCCCUAACAAUUCCUAAAUUGCAUACAUUUUGUAUGCAAUCUCUUGAAUAUGAAGCAUAUAAAUCGCUAUAAAACAAGAUAUUUUAACUUAGGUAACUUGGACUAGUAAUGUGGAUUGGCCUAAAUUUUCCUUACUUUCAAACAUUUCAAAAUUUCUUACAUUGAGAAAACCACUUACUGUCUUAUCAUCCUUAUUUAAUUUACAUAUUUGAAUUAGUAUAAUUGGGGAUCUAGUUUUCCUAAUGCAUAUCCUAUCGCUACAUUCCGGAGUGAAUGGUAAUAAUUACUUUAUAAAGAUCUAGAAUUUUUAUCGAGGAUUGUGACUGUAUUGUGAGAUUUAGCCGAGGCAUCUUAUAACGUUUAGCAUUAUGAAACAGUAUGGAAGUGGUUGUUACAUGUUACUUAUGGUUGUUAUUGUCAUUUCGACUGCUUUUACACGAUCGUCUUAUAUAUUUCCCUUGUUAUUCUACCAUGCUUGUUAGUUAUAAUGUAUGUUACCCUAGGUGUACCACAAGGGCCUGUACCGGGCCCACCCUAAAAUAAGUAAUAUUCAAAUGUUUCUGUUAACUAAGUAUUAUCAGAAUAGUCAAUUGAAUUGUUGUGGAGAAUAUAAAA